AUGUUUUAGCCCUCUCCAAUGAAACAGAAACUUAUUGAGAGCUACAAGAAACAAAUGGAUGAUAUCACUUGUAUUUUAGAUUGCGGCCACAUUGGAUCUUUGUAUUUAGGAAACAUUGAGAGUGCAUGUGACUUUGAAUUAUUGAAAAAAUUAAAAAUUAAGUCUAUAAUCAGUAUUUGCACAUCUAAAAUUCCAAAUCAAAUCAGUUCAUCUAUGAGAUACUAUUAGCAAAUAAUUUUAGAUGAUAAUGAGAAUGCCAAUAUCUCUAGACAUUUCGAAAUCUGCUUUGACUUUAUAGAAAAAGCCAGAUCAGUAGGUAACGUACUUGUGCAUUGUAUGGCUGGUAUAUCUAGAAGUGCUACCAUUGUGGCUGCAUAUUUGAUGAAAAAACACUGUGUCAGUUCCAAAGAAGCCUUAUCACAAUUGCAGCGCAAACGUUGGUAAGUCUACCCCAAUGAAGGAUUUAUUAAAUAGUUAUUGUAAUACAAUGACGAAUUAAUAGCAAAAUAAAAGGGACUCAAAAAUGAAGCAAAAAACUAGAACAAAUAGGAGGUAAAUAUAGAAUAAAUAAGGAAUCCUGCAAUUUUUAAUAAUCUUAAUAAUCAAAUAAACAGCCAUCAAAAUGAAAAGAAAUAGCAAGCUGAUGAAUACUAAAAAAUAAGGAAAAAAUAUGUAGACACAAAAAACCAGCAAUAACAAAAGAAAAUAAUGGACUAUUAAACAUUGUAAGAGAGAAGAAUGAGUUAUCACAAAAAAGAUAACCAUGAGAUUGAUCUAUUUUAAUAAACAUCUAAAAUUUAAAGAAUUAAAAGUUCCUACUAAUAAAUAGGAUCCAUUGAAAAGAAUCCUAUUAAAAAUGAAUGUAAAUUUUGA